UUUCUCUUUUCAUUUUCCUAGUUAUGACUUUCUUAUAUAUUAUUCAUUUGAUUGUGUUACUUCUGUGUGUGUUCUAAUGCGGAACAUGUGGAACAAGAGAAACUGAUUCUUUGGCGACUUUUCAAAGCACAAAAGGCAGGAGGAGGUGCGACAAUUUUUGAUGAUUUUGGGAUGUACAAUGAUAAAGACAAUGAGAGUAGAUGUAGAUGAAAUAGCUUGUCCCAUCAAAAUAGACGUGAAUAUUAUGAUGUUGAGGCAGGAGACGAAACCAGCACCAUGCGCCGUGACGCCACUUCGUUUGCUUGCUUCAUUGUAGAUGCUUUGACAUUUCCGCUUGCUGUUGGCGACGAGCUUGGAGCAGACGACUGCUAGACUGUAUAUUUCCUCGGAACGCACUUAAAGCGGGAAGUCUGACACUGUGCUCGAUAGGAGAACGAAGUAGCGGAGAGGCCAGCCCGUUAAUUCAGUGUUUCCUUUUUCGAUCAGUUGUUGCCACACGUACUGGCGAACGAGCAGAUUUACCUCUGUAUCUCUACGAAAGGGAGAUCUCCACCACAAGUAGCUGCAGCGAAACACUAAGACGAAAAAAAGCCUUACAACCCUGCUUAAGAAUAAAUCGAUUACACGGUGGUUUCGCCUUUUCUUACUGUUUUCGUUGUGGCGGGCUGUCCUAUCGUCAGGGGGCAGACUGUCGGGUAUAUGGCUGACGCAGAGUAGAAUCGGUCCGGAUGAUGGAAAAAUUCGCUAAGAAAGCCUCCACGAAGGUUAACAAGAUGGUGGGGCUUUCAAGAGGCGAAGGAAAAUACUUCCAAACCACGAAGAAGGGUAUCUAUACCUAUAAUCGAGGCCGAGCUUUAUUUAUGAUGGCUUUCGUUGAGCGUUCAUCAACAUCGAGAGAAGUUUCCCCUCUGUAGCAGUAUUGAGUUGGUCGACUUGUUUAGUUCGUUUUCAACACCAACUAUCCUUGUGCCCGCAUGUCGUCCGAAUAUUCUUUCAGGUGAGAUUCACGAGUACAAGGAGGAGCUUCAUCUUCACGAUGAGUCGAAGCGUAUGGACGCCGUUAAAAAGGUGAUUGCAGCAAUGACUGUCGGUAAAGACAUGUCCUCGCUUUUUCCCGACGUGGUGCAGAGUAUGCAGACAACAAAUGUGGAGCUCAAAAAGCUGGUAACAAACCUUCUUGAGUGUCUUGAUCCUUACUCCUUGAGAUAAUUCAUAUCGACACUUUUCGGAACAGCACGUCCAUAGCCAUACUUCACUUUUUCUUUUUGAUCAUGCAGAAAGAAAUAAUACGGCUACUUUUCAGGUGUAUUUGUACAUCAUAAACUACGCACGAACGCAACCGGAGUUGGCCUUGCUGCCAGUAAACUCGUUCUGCAAAGACACGCAAGAUUUGAACGCCCUUAUUCGAGCACUUGCGGUUCGUACAAUGGGCUGCAUUAGGCUGGACCAGAUUACAGAGUAUCUAUUGGAACCUCUUAAGCGAUGUUGCCAGGACAGCGAUCCCUACGUACGAAAAACGGCGGCAAUAUGCAUUCCGAAGGUACUUGUACAUUCUGAGCAUAAAGACUAAGUAAUGAUAACAAGAAUAAAGCUACCAUCCGCAUCCUCUAAGAAUUGUUAGAAGGGUGACAUGUUUCAUCUUACUAAUGAUUGAGGACGAUAGUCAACAUUUGAGAUGCACACAUGAAAUGACAAUAGUCACUCUCUGAUGUUUUGAAUUUGAGCUAUGCAGGUCUACGAAAUCAAUCCUGAUCUAGUAGAGGAUCAGGGAUUCGUGCCAGACAUUCUGCAAGACAUGCUUGGAGAUAGUAUUAUGGAUAGCGUUUAUCCAUCUUUCUCGGCAUCUUGGUCCCUUUUUGCCUUCUAUUCUCAUGAAAUACAACGGGAAAGGGGUCGAGAUGAGGGAGCCAAGAUGGACUCAAGCUGAGUCUAAUAGUGAUCCUAUGGUUGUUGCCAAUGCUGUCGCGGCGUUAUCCGAGAUAUCAGAAACGAAGAAUAAAGAUUACCUUCGGCUCGAUCGCGAUGGCACAAUAGCGAAGCUGCUCACCGCUCUGAACGAGUGCACGGAAUGGGGACAGAUUUUCAUCCUGGAUGCACUGGCUGCGUACUAUGAUUUUGAUUUUUUCGUUGAGCAUCAAACGAUUUACCUUUCACUAGCUUGACGAUGGCUCCGUGGCGUGGUGUAAUGAGUAACGUUGGUGUUCUUUUCCAGAAUCAAUUAUACUUCAUCGCCCUCUUGCUCCCGGUCCCGCUGUCGAAUUAAUAUAAGAUGAAAAUCUUCUUCCACAAACAGUUACGCACCAAAGAAUAGUAGACGAGACGCGGAGCAAAUAGUGGAUCGCGUGACGGCGAGACUUUCGCAUGCGAACGCGUCUGUAGUGAUGUCGGCGAUUAAGGUAGCGAUCACCUUUAUGGAGCAUGUCGAUAACCAAGACAUCAUCAAGGGAUUGAUGAAGAAACUGACGCCGCCGCUCGUCACGCUGCUCUCGAGUGAACCAGAGCUGCAGUACGUAGCCCUGAGGAACAUCUAUCUCAUUGCCCAGAAAAGGCCUGGCAUUGUCACAACCGACGUCAAAAUGUAAGGCGAUAUACAAGAAGAGCUAUUCGUUAUAGGAACCAAGACCAACUUUCUUCAAACAUUUUUUUCUGAAAUCACAUCGACUCCUUUUGGAGGUGGCCUGUUUUCUAUAUAAGAAAAUCGUUUCCCUGAACUGAGAUAAUGCACGCACGGACAGGCUUUAAACAACUCCUUGUUCCCCGACCAUUAUCAAUAUCAGGUUUUUCGUGAAAUAUAAUGACCCUGUGUACGUGAAGCUAGAGAAGAUCCGCCUAAUGGUCAUGCUAUGCUCGGAUCGUAACGCGGACCAAGUCCUUAAUGAAUUCAAAGACUAUGCGCAGAGCAUGGAUAUGGAGUUUUCACGGCGCGCUGUUCGCAGUAUCGGCAAUGUCGCGCUGAAAUUCGAGAGCAUAUCUAACAAGUGCAUCGCAGUCUUCCUGGAGCUGAUAGAAACAAAAAUUGCGCACGUCAUUCAGGAAGCGGUAGUAGUAAUAAAAGACAUCUUCCGAAAAUACCCAUCGCAAUACGAAGCUGUGCUGGCCGCGCUGUGCGAGUCCUUUGAUCUCCUAGACACCGAAGAGGCGAAAUCUGCCAUGAUAUGGAUUCUGGGUAAUAUACCGCUGCAUUUAUCAUUUGUUGCACUCGUCAUUGUCUCUUCAAGUUAAUCUUCUAAAUCCGAAAAAGAAUGUGGUCAUAGUGCAAAACUUAAGAACGAAUUAGAAUGUACUUUAACUUUAGAAAACGCCUGGCAAAUAAUUUUUACCAUGACACAACCGCAAGGAAAAAACACAACUUGUCCACCUAAUGGUGUAACUUAAUAUUUUAUAUCCACGCAUUAGGUGACUACGCAGAGCGAAUCGACAAAGUCGAGGAAAUUUUGGACUCAUUUGUUGAGGAGUUCCACGACGAGCCGGCGCAAGUGCAGCUUCAAAUUUUGACCGCUGUAGUUAAGCUCUUCCUCAAAAUGCCAGCGACGUCACAAGGGAUGGUGCAAAAGGUAAGCUCCUCCCGUAGGACCAUUAUUUUGGCCUUCAAGGAUGUGAUAAUGUUCUUCUCUUGGUGGACACCUCCAUGACCAUGUUUCUUGAUCAUGAUGCGUAUCAAAAUCAAUCCUCCACAACGCGGUGAGCCACCUAGUAGACUAGAGGUCUUCACCGUAGUUCCUUUGACAUCAUGAUCAGGUCCUGAAGAUGGCAACGGAAGAGUCGGAAAACCCGGACUUGCGAGACCGAGGCUAUAUCUACUGGCGAUUGCUGCAUAAGAACCCAGAAGCAACGAAGCGCGUAGUCUUGGGUGAUAAGCCGCAGAUCAGGAGCGAGCUGGCGCCAAUGGACAAAACAGUUCUAAAUGCGCUAAUCCCGCAACUUUCGAUGAUGAGCAGUGUCUACCACGUACUACUUUGAAUAUGAUAAAUAUAAUUGACUUGGUGAUCUUCCCGCCGGAAGUUGUGGCCCCAAAGGAGGUGACCAGAUACUAGUAGCUUUCCACCGACCUUGGCUUUCAUCUUUUCAAACUGAUAAUGUGGACAAACGUAGAAACUACGACUGCGAGCCAUUGAUGAAGUGUUUACUUUCUCAAAAACACCAUCUUAUCACCAGCAACUACCAGAGGAGUUUAUCACACGCGUGCAAGUGCAGCAACGGGAUGACGCGGAGGAAGACGAUGAAGAGGACUACGGAGACAAGAUAAGUCGAAUGAAAGGCGAAUUAGCAAAGCCAGCGGAAUUCAAAGAAAAAACUUCUGGGGAUUUGCUCGACCUAUUAGAUAUGGACGGACAAGCAACACCCACUGCGAAGUCCAACUCGCCACCAGCUGUCCAAAAAACACAGGUAUUUGGAUACGCAUACGUUGGUAUGUCGCCAUCGGGUGUUUUCACGUAAGAAAUUUUCUGGUCCUCCACUGCAGAUGAAACUCAUCAUCAAUCUCUCCAAAUUAAAUCUCUCAAAUACGACAACACCAACAGGUUCUCGCAGCGACGCAACCAGGACAGAACAAGAACGCUGGCCUAGCGAUCGAGGGAGCCCUGAUAAGAAAAGAAGGACUGCCAGUCCUGUGCUUGACAAUACGGAACAGCUGCCCGAAUACGAUGCAGGGUGAGAAGUUCGCAGUUCAGCUAAACAAAAAUCCUGCAGGAUUAGCGCCCGCGAAGCAGCUGGGGGUUCUGGUAUUUCUACAUGAGACCGCGUACUUGUUCUUUGUUCUCGAACUUUUUGGAUAAAUUUUGCGUUCUUAUUUUAGAAUGAAAAGUGACCACACAGACGCACAUUAUUCUUAUCGUAGAAGACCUUGUUCAUCUUCACGUCGAUCAUUCAAAACAAAUAUAUUUAUAGUGGUGAGUUCAGCAUCUUGGUCUUCCACCCUUUUCUUCACACCUCAGAUGCCAGCACAACUACCCGGAAACGGUGGUGAGUGCGAAGUUGAAUUACCCUUAUUGACCGGUAAAUCGGAAUUGACAGUGGCAGAUGUGCCACCAGCGGCGACGCACUCUCUCCAGUUGCAGGUCGCGAUUAAGUGUCAACUUGAUAUUUUCUACUUUACGCAACCCUUCGACGCAAGCGCGAUUCUAGACAACAGCAGCGGAAAAGACUGGGUACUUACUCUUAAAAAAAGGUCAUGUUGAUAACAUUGAUGUUGUGGUUCUGCAAAGGAGAAUUUUCCAAAUGAACAAGAACAAAACCUUCUUCUUAGGACGACUGAUAAAGAUGUACCUCUACACCGACGUAGUUUGACUCUGCCCAAGAGUAUGGCACUCACACUGUGUUGACUUCAUCCUUUACCUUCUUCUUCUUGGUUGUCCAGGUCGACCGCCAGGGAUUCAUGUCAUUGUGGCAGGGCAGCGAGGCCAGGCAAGCACAGCGUGUGUAUCUUUUCGGCGCCGGACGAGCACUGGAUGAGGGUGAUGCGUUGACUAACCAGCUGGAGAGCAUAGGCCUGUACUUUGUGGCGAAGAACAACAGCAACAAUUGCUCGUACUACAUGGGCCGUUACACAAAUGGCUCCGGUGGCGGACACCAUUCCGCACUGCUGGAAUGCGCAAUGCAAGGAGGGAUGAUUAGAAUAAACGCUCGCUCUACCCAACAAGGCAUGCCUCCUGUGCUUCACACGACUUGCGUGAAUCUCCUGGGCAUCAAACCCAAGCAAUAGGUGCGGCACUCAGGGACGCACAUUUACUACCACUCUUCCUCAUUGCGCAGGCUCUCCCGCGCCCCCUCCACUCCUCAUGAUGUGAUUGCAGUCGGGCAGCCCACAUCCCGUCCGUCCCGCUUCGCUACCACGAGCUCCAACAUCGUUUCCUGCACAAGACUUAAGAGCAAAGCACAGCAUGGAGGAGCUUCUACCCAAACAUGACCAUUGAAUGGUUUGAACUACUUCAUGUUGCUGGGCAUAUUCCGGACGACGUGCUCCUCUGACUCCUCGUCCCAUGAUGAUGAAUCCUUCGUGUUACAAAUUGCGGUUUGUGAGAACAACAUGCUCAUACGAAGCUGUGUUUUCAUACCUCUACCUUGUACGUUUAAGUAACUGAUACUUGUACUUAUUCUCCUCACUGAUGUAAUCGAAGUAUAUUCUUGUUUUCCCCUAAGAAAAUCGACAUGUCUAUGCUUACAUGUAAAAAGGUGAGGAUAUUCUAUAAUUACUUUAUCAAGCAUUCAUGAGCAUGACGAUUUCUUUCAAAAAAUGUCAACAUGUCAUCCAUGAUGAUUCCUCUACUGCUCUUCGCCAAGCUGAACAGUUCGUUCAGGCGAGAUGCCCGGUCGUCAGAGUGCGGCCCCUGAAGCUGUGUGCGCAAUUUUUCUCAAAAAACAAGUGUAUGAAUUCAGAUACAAAUAGAACAUACUCGAUGACGAUGCGGAUGGAAAAAAUACGGUAGACUAAAAAAUGUAGAUCUUCAGCUACUUCAUCAUCAAGAACAAACAAGUCACAAAAGUGUGAUGUUGACUAGUACCAAGGCUCUUCUUCUUAUCCCAGUCUCUCGAAAAAGGCUGUACAACUGGCUUGCGGUCCAGAGAAU